AUGUACGCCUCGUUGCCGAGGUUCGCGGUCGCGCCGGGGCUUGCAUGCCAGUGUCGGCUUAGCAGCGCCCGCUCCAAGCACGCGCCAGCGAGGCGGCCGCUGCGGCAGCGUGCGGUGACGGACGGCAUGGACUUGCCGAUGGGCUCGCCGGCGCCGAGUUUCAUCCUGCCGGAGCCUCUCACGGGACGCCAUCACAGCCUGAGCGAGCUCAACAGCGGGAAGGCGAUCCUCAUCAUCUUCGCGUGCAACCACUGCCCCUUCGUCGUGCAUCUCCGGCAAGCGCUCAUUGAUCUGGCGCACGAGUACCAGCCCAAGGGCGUCCAGUUCGUGUCGAUCUCGUCCAACUCCCCGCACACGCACCCCCAGGACGGCCCGGAGCAGAUGGCGGAGGAGGCCCAGGCCCACAACUUCCCCUUCCCCUACCUCUACGACGGCGACACGCAGGAGGUGGCCAAGGCCUUCCGCGCGGCGUGCACCCCGGAGUUCUUCCUGUUCGACAACGCGUCCGGCGGCCCCCUCCUGGCGUACCACGGCCAGUUCGACAGCUCGCGGCCGUCCAAGUACUACGACGACUCCGCGCCCGUCACAGGCGAAGACCUCCGUGCCGCGCUGGACGCCGUGCUUGCCGGGGAGCCGGUGCCGUCGCCCCAGGUCCCCAGUAUAGGCUGCAACAUCAAGUGGACGCCCGGCAACGAGCCGGCGUGGUUCGGCGCCGGCGCCAAGUCGUCGUGA